UUGUCGUGCAUCUCAGACCCCUUGUUUCAGCAUGCUUACUGAGCCUGAGCUUCCUCAGGAGUUUAACAGGAUGUCUUCCAAGCGACCAGCCUCUCCAUAUGGGGGAACAGAUGGAGAGGUAGUCAUGGGGACGAGUAGACAGCGAUUGGAGGAUGAAGAGGUUGACGGACAUGCUGUCAUUCACUUGCCCCUGAGUUCGUACUGCAGCAAAGUGUCCCCGCGAUCUCCACAACUGCUCGACAGCCCCCCAACACUACACGCGAACAUGGAUCAGGAUGGCAGUAAAGGCCUGGCCCUGAGCCCCUACCCCCAGCACAACUCGUCUACCUCACCCAGUAAGCAGCAGCAGCAGCAGGAGGAGGGGUCCAUGCGGCCAGGGAGCGAGCCCAGCUCCGCUUCAGCUCUGGGCACCCCGGAGAGACGCAAGGGCAGCCUGGCCGACGUGGUCGACACGCUCAAACAGCGCAAGAUGGAGGAACUCAUCAAGAAUGAGCCAGAGGAGGGCCCCAGUAUUGAGAGACUGUUGUCUAAGGACUGGAAGGACAAGCUAUUGGCCAUGGGUUCUGGCAACUUUGGAGAGAUCAAAGGCACCCCAGACAGCCUGGCGGAGAAAGAGCGCCAGCUGAUGGGGAUGAUCACGCAGCUCAGCAGUCUCAGAGAGCAGCUACUGGCCGCCCAUGAGGAGCAGAAAAAACUGGCCGCUUCGCAGAUCGAAAAACAGCGCCAGCAAAUGGAGUUAGCGAAACAGCAACAGGACCAGAUUGCACGACAACAGCAGCAACUUCUGCAGCAACAACACAAAAUCAACCUCCUGCAGCAACAGAUCCAGCAGGUCCAGGGUCAGUUGCCUCCACUGAUGAUACCCGUGUUCCCUCCAGAUCAGAGAACUCUGGUGGCCGCUGCAGCACAACAAGGAUUUCUACUUCCUCCAGGGUUCAACUACAAACCAGGAUGCAGUGACCCUUACCCUUUACAACUAAUCCCUACGACUAUGGCAGCCGCUGCUGCGGCGACGCCUGGCCUCGGCCCUCUUCAGCUACAGCAGUUGUAUGCAGCUCAGCUAGCUGCCAUGCAGGUGUCUCCAGGGGCCAAACACAGCACAGUGCCUCAGGCCAACCUGGCAACCGGAACACACUCGCCCACCAGCGGCCAGAGCGAGAAAAACAGAAGCACCCCGCCACCAAAGCCCAAGGACGAGGGCGCUCAGCCCUUGAAUCUGUCGUCCAAGCCUAAGGCAUCCGAGAGCAAGUCACCCACCUCCCCCGCUUCCCCACAGGUCCCUGCCCUGAAGCUGGGCCACGGGUCCCUGAAGCACAGCGCCCCCUCCAGCAUUGGAGGACCGCCAUCCAGACUCAGCUCCAUAGACCUGCUGUCGUCCAUCACCUCCGGCGGCUACCUGAACGACCACGAGGCCGUGACCAAAGCUUUCCAGGAGGCCCGACAGAUGAAGGAGCAGCUAAAGAGAGAACAGCAGGUUCUGGACGCCAAAGUAGCGGCAGUCAACAGCCUGAGCCUCAACAACGGUCGAUCAGAGAAGGAUAAAGCCACUCUUGAAAGCCUGAGCCAGCAGUUAAAACAGUCUGAAGAGAGCAAGUUCACUCACACAAUGAUGGACUUUGGCAUCAGUGGCGAUUCAGAUGGAAGCCCGAGUGUGUCAGACUCACGGAUCUUCCGAGACUCUCGAGGGCGUGGCAGCAGCGAACCGCACAUCAAGCGGCCCAUGAACGCAUUUAUGGUCUGGGCUAAAGACGAGAGGAGGAAGAUCCUUCAGGCCUUCCCUGACAUGCAUAACUCAAACAUCAGCAAGAUCCUCGGUUCUCGUUGGAAGGCCAUGACCAACCUGGAAAAGCAGCCAUACUAUGAAGAACAGGCCCGUCUUAGUAAGCAACACCUAGAGAAAUACCCAGACUACAAAUACAAACCACGGCCCAAACGCACCUGCCUAGUGGAUGGAAAGAAAUUGCGCAUUGGUGAAUAUAAGGCCAUCAUGCGCAACCGCAGACAGGAAAUGCGCCAGUACUUCACCGUAGGGCAGCAGGCCCAGUUGCCCUUGUCCCCAGCGGGCGUUGUGUACUCAGGCGCGCUCUCUAUGGCAGGAAUGCCCUCUCCACAGAUGCCCUCUGAGCACUCGAGCAUGUCUAGUAGCCCCGAACCAGUCCCACCCACCAGCCAGCCGUCUUACCUCACACGCAAAGGGGAGGAGCCUCGUGUGAAGAAGGGGGAGCUCCGAAUGGACGACGGCAAUGGUGACGCCUACGAUGACUUCGACUUCGAAGAUGACGACGGGGACUAUGGCAGUGACAGCGAGAAUCACAUCACUCAGUAAACCUGCCAAUCACAGCCAUCUCACCAGUCACCUGGCAUCUCACGCAAGCAAACUUCAUUCUGCCCCCAUACACCGUCCAAUCAGGACUCCUCCAGAGCCAAGCCCAAUAUCCACAGCAAAGCACAGGACCUGUCAAUCAAAGUGACUGUUACAUCAAAAGGAGAUUCUUGUAAAGGAAGUGUAACACUUGCCUUGACUCCCGCUGAGCGAACGUACCACGGCAAGUUCACAUUAAAUCACGAAUAAUCUACGACGGCAUAGGAAAAAUGACCCUUAACCGGUUUGUUAUUGAGACAUUUAUUACUAAGGACCAGUCAUAGACACUUUAAAACGGUGGACCUGUUUGUUUCUAAAGAGACACUUUUAAACAGCUUUUUUCUUGGUUCUAUAAAAUUCUCACUCAGGUACACAGUGCCAACAAGUGGCUUGUGAAUGUGAUUUUGUUGUUUUUGUGCUACAGUUUUAAUAAGAGAAAAAAGACGUUUAUUUUCCUCUUCACCCUAAAGCACCUAACAGGAGUAAAACGACAAACAUUUCCUAUUUUUUUUUCUCUUCAGUGUGCUAUUAGCUGAAUCUCUUUCUAUCAUCUUCACGCUCAUGUCCUCUCACUCAAAGAUGUCUUUUCUGUUGGACGAAAGGAUGGAAGGGAAGAUUCGCGUCCCUUCACUCAGGAGUUCGGACACCGCUGGAUGACAGACAAUCCCUCCUUCCUCACAUCUUUUCCUCUUGACACGCUUUUACUGUUCCUUUCUCCUCCUCUUCUGUGGGAGCUUUGGAUGUUGACGUCUCUCUCAGGUGUCGAGACCAACUUUACGAGAUAGCACAAACUUUGUGUUUGGUGAACAGCUGGCAUGGCGAUGGUUAUCGUGGAGAGCGACGCCUCAAGCAGAAUUAUUGUAUGCGUGCAUAUUUCUUUAUGUUUGAGUGUGUGGAAGAAUGCGCCUUUUGCUAGGCUUUAAGUUAAUUUUAAUUUCAUGUAGACGGUUGAUGUGCUGGUCAUGUGAACAUUUACGAAAGAAAAAAAACAUUAAUAUUCAAUACGUACGAUUCAUGCUAACAGCCAGAUCCGUGCAAAAGCAAGCCAAACAUUUUUAAUAAUAACACUGCAUUUAUCAUUCCUUUUAUGCAUCUUUUUCAUCUGAUCAUUUGUUUGUUUUUUUCUUAAUUUGUCCUUUUUUCAUCCUUUAAUUUUUUUCCCGUCAUUCUCAUUGUCUCCCUGAACAACCUGUUUUUGUCAUCGCUGGGUGCAGGGAACAUUGCACCUCAUUCUGAAAAGAGGAGGCGCGGAGAAAAAAGCUCUCUAGAGAAGAGUCUGUGCUUGAAUGGCGUAUUGAAGGAGGAGAAUAGAGUUCCCACAAGCCCCAGUGCUCAGCACUCUGUUUUCAAAGGACAGCUCUGAGAGAAACCAGGGAUCUCCGUACAAGACAAGCACGAGUGUGCGUUUCAAUCAGUGCCCCUUAAUAUAUCUCACAUCUCUACUCCUCCGCAGGGGUUUGUGUUCUGUCUCUCUCUCUUCUUUAUUUCCCGCACUUUUUUCCAUCUAUCACUUGGUUUAUCAGCGCAGAGGAGUCUCUGAGACGUGCCAUCAGUCAUCCGCUCUCUGUGUGGCUCUUGCUGACCCACUCCCAUCUUACUGCACCUGUCUGGCUGCUGUUGGCACGGCGACGGCGUUUGAUUGACGGCUGCCCUAACUGUAACUACUCUGCCAGCCUCCCUCUGGCCUGGUGUGGGCAUAAGCGGGGCAGCUGGAUGAGAGAGACACACAAGCUGUUAGGUGAACAGCAGCCAGACUCCAGCCAUUAAUAUGUUUUUUUUUUCCUCUUUACAUCUACACAAAGGCCGUCCACUCAAAACACAUAUCAAAUUAUAUAUUCAGAAUGCACACAUAUAACUAAAAACAUAUUUGAAUUUUCUGGCCUACUUGAGAUUUUUUUCUGACGAUAAAUGUUAGAUUUGUUCUGAUGAUAAAAGGUACUCUGACGCCUGUAGCACUAGCAAAGUGAUGACCAAACGCAUUUUGCGUGUUCGUCUUUGUCUAGUUUAUUCGGUUCGAUGAGGUCCUGUCCCGUCUGUUGUUUGUAUUUGUGUUUUGCCUCCAUGUCAACGUCACUCUGCUGUCGAGGUUGGGAGGAGCCGUUUCAGACUCUGCAUGUUAAUGUUUUAGUUUGUAUUUGCAAAUACUGUAUUUUAUUUUUAUUAAAACUGCCUCUAGUGUAAUAAUAUUAUUAACAAUAAUUAUAAGAAUAGGCAGCAUUUCCUAAGUUUAGUAAGUUAUGUACAGUAUAAUUUAUUAUUUUCCUCCAGUUGGAUUUUUUUUUUAUGAUCGUAUGGAAACUGCGCUUGAUAAAGCAUUAUAUUUAGCUGGGUAGGUAUUUAGAUCUAAUUAUUAUGUUCAAUAUUCUGGGGGGGUUUUUUUCUUGUUUUUUUUGUUGAAUUAAUCCUGUUCUGAUGCUGGUAUAUCUCUGAGAAAGUGGUCACGGUGAACUGCUGAUAUGAAGGAAAAGAGACAUUUCUCUUUUUUUCAUUUUCUUUUUCUCCUCCGUGCAUCGUUCAUGAACUCCAAACACAUUUCUUAAAGCACUAGGACUCUGGACACUCGGAGACAAACAUAAGAAGAACAUCAUAUUUUUAUUUGUAAUGGUUUAUGUAUAAUGUGAAGUUUCCUAUCUGUGUUAAUUCUCCUUUUCUUUUACUGAAGAUAAAGAAAACAGCUAUAUUAUACCCCAAUUGUUAUUGAACAGAAAGAGCGUGGAUCUUGUUUACUGAUAUCUGUCAUCCUCUCUCUUACGUUUCGUUGGAACAUCACUGGUUUAGACGAAUGCAUUGGUUUACCUAUUGUGUCAAAUUAGAGUACAGUUAUAGUACACAACACCUAAACCUUAAAAGGAUAGUUCACCCCAAAAAUUAAACUGACAAAACCUAUAUGACUUACUUUCUUCUGUAGAACACCAAUGGAGACAUUUAGCAGAUGAUCCGAGCUGCUCUGUUUCCAACCAUAAGAGUGGAUGGGGACCAGGGCCUCUGAAAAGAAAAAAAAAAAGCAUCAUAAAAGAGAUCCAUACAGCUGUGCUAUAUUCCUAAGUCCUCUGAAGCCAUAUGAUAGCUUUGUGAGGGAAACAGACUGAAAUGUAAGUCGUUAUUCACUGAAAAUCUUGCUUGAGCACUAUGGUCACCAUUCGCUUUCAUUAUGUGCAAAAGAGCAGCGUGGACAUUCUGCUAAACAUCUUCUGUGCUUCACAGAAGAAAAAAAGUGAAACGGGUUUUGAAAGAUAGCGGCUGGUAAACAAUUCCUUUUAAUCAUAAGACAUGAACUUUCUGAAUUGAUCAAACUGUCUGAUUCCAGUGACGCUCCACUGAAUGGCCAUAUUAGAUGUUUUAUCUCCAGAAUUGUUUUAGCUCCACACUGUCUCCCUCUGUCAAUCAAGCUCACAGUAGUGACAUCACAAUCACACCUUGUCUGAUAACGAAAGUCACAAUCACAGAAUAGCCACCAUCUGAUGUGACCAUGCUUUCACAUUUAGUAAUUCCCACAAUCAUAACAAUUGAUAGGGACACGUAUGCUGGAGGAAGGACUGGCUCGUUUAACAUACAAGGUCACUUCUGUCAACUAAUUAUCUGUCGGCAUGGUAACCUCAUGGUCUUUAGAACAUAUACUCUGAUGAUGAUGGCCUGUAUUAUGAACAAUAAUUGAUAAGACAAUCAAAGUCAUGUGUGGAGCUCAAAACAAUGUUAAAUGACAUCAAACAAAAAGUACUUAGAAACUUAUCUUACCAUCUCAACUUGAAAAUCGAGAAAGAUAAUUAUGUAAAUAUAGCGUAUAGAGUUAUAGAUUUAUAUUUUGUUCAUAACACAGUGUAAUAUAAGUUGUAUAUUUCUUUCUUUUAUUGAUGUUAUUCAUGCCACAAUAAAAGCAAGAGUUACUGUACUCUUAUGGAAAAAAA